CGAUAUAUUCACGUAAUCGAUUAACGUAAGUUUCAUUUAUUUUAAAAUUAUGGUUGACAUAGAUACGAUUUGCUAAUUUUAAUUUUAUAUGUUCACCAUUCGAAUUCUUUAGUAAAUGUGUUUGUUCGAAAUGUUACGUCAAUGUAUUUAAAUAUUUAAAAUUAGAAAAAAUGAGACCAUCCGAAGAGCUUUUGUUGAUUAUAUGUCCACAUUAUUUUCUUAGUGGUACUAAAACACAACAACAACUGUUAGUCAAAGCCGACAUUGAUUAUCGUUACGAUAAGAUAUUCGAAAUAAUUUUGCCGUCGGUAACUAAUUGGAACAAUUCUCUUCUGUUAACAAUGUAUUAUAUAACUACCGUUUUAUACCAGAAUUUCAAACUUAGAUUCAAAUAAAAGACGAGAAAAGUUGUUUCGAUAUACUAUGUCUAAAAAAACGUAUGUCAGAAGAAUUACUAUAGCAAUGUAUUCAUUCACAUUGGAAGUGUUGUUUAUUCCACACUUUUGUAACUGAUUGAAUGAUUGAUUGUCUUUGUCGUUCUCUAGAAAAGACGCUUUCCACUAACAACCACUUUUACUUUUCGCUUUUUUUCUACUCUUUUGUUGUGAAAAAAUUUAACUUUCUUUGGAUUAACAGUUUAUAAGAAAGUUAUUUAAAUAAUUUAUUGCACACCAGCGAACGUUUUAUAUUGCUUGCCGUUAAAUUGGAUAUAAUUAGCGCCCAUUGUGGUACGAUUCGUAAAAAAGGAAAAGACUUAACCGUUGAACAUUUAAAAGAUCUAUAAGAUGAAAUAUUAAAAAAAGACAAGAGUUCGUCAAGUGUCACUGACAAAAUAUUGAAUGCUCUUGGUUAUAUUGACAAGACAACGCUCUCACAUCCAUUGAUCUUGGCACAUCCGAUACACAUUUCUCUGAUUGAUACACUGAAAAAUAUAUUAGAAAAAUGGCAAUUAAGUGUACUUAAUACGAGUGAUACUGUAUCAGGUCAACGAACGAAUUUGUUUAGUCUAAUAACAAGUUUUUUAUUAAAUUUAAUUAAUAAUCAGUUAAACACUGAAACAUUAUCGAAUUUUGAAACAUUAUUAUUACGUAGAGGACUAAUUGAUACCGUUCAAAGUAUUCUAAUAGGUGAUCGUGAAAAAUAUUUAACUGACGAUAGUAAUAGUCAGAAUUUUUCUGCCUUAAUACAAAUACUGGCCCAACUAUUGACCAUAAAACCGAUGUGA